UGAGAACGUACAUCGCAAAGGUACAGCCACUGGAAGCAAUUGGCACAUUUUUACGCACGGGAACUUCGAGACGCCAUUGGCUCAGGUGGGGUAAAAAAAUGAAGCUUGGGGUCGUGUGCGGGAAACACCACAGCCUGAACUUCCUCGAGACCACCGCCAGGCCGCCAGAGCCGAGGGAGUGCGAGGAGUUGGGCUCGGAUGGGGACUGCGCGGCGCACAGUCCCCUCGCCGGCAAAUCGAAGCCGUACAUGCGCAGACCCAAACCGCCGUUCUCGUACAUCGCCCUCAUCGCCAUGGCCAUCCGGGACUCGCCGCACGGACGCCUGACCUUGGCCGAAAUCAACGAAUAUCUCAUGAACAAGUUUCCCUUCUUCCGCGGCACCUACACGGGCUGGAGGAACUCUGUGCGCCACAACCUGUCGCUCAACGACUGUUUCCACAAGGUGCUCCGGGACCCGUCCCGGCCGUGGGGGAAGGACAACUUCUGGAUGCUCAACCCGCACAGCGAGUACACGUUCGCCGACGGCGUGUUCAGGCGCAGGCGAAAGCGCAUCAGCAUCCGCCUCGGCAAACAGAAGGAGGAGGAGGAGAAAAGCAGCUGCGAGGACGCGCCGCCGAUCGCGGCGAAAAAGUUCUCGAGUUCCUUCACGAUAGACAACAUCCUCAGCACGCCGUUCAGACGGGACUCGAACCACGUCCAAGGCUACGCCGUCGUCAUGAUGCCGCGUUUCGAUCCACCUGUGUCGCCGCUUUACGUGCUCCCGAGUGGCCUCGCCAACCUUGGAGCUGCGCAUGCGCCAACUUGCCGGCUUCUCCAACAAACUUUGAACCCUCCAUCGGUCGGUCGCAGUGUUUCCCAAAGUUUACUGAGCGCAUAUUUUACAUGAGGGGGGAAAAAGUAUAAACUGAAGUCAUGGCGAGCUUGUCCAAAUGAACUCAUAUUUAUUGAUUCAAUGUGAAAGCUGGCCUGUUUAAAAACGCAAUUGUUCUGUUGUGUUGAAUGGCAACAGGUUAAUUGUGCUUUCUGCCAUCUAGUGGAAAAUCAUUGAAUUGUUUUACCUGACAUACGGCCCAAGCAUGGAAACACAAGGACGUUUAUUGUAAAUUAAUAAAUGCAAUUUUUGAAAAACUACAAAUUGGAUAAUUUCUCAUGGUGCCUUUGAUGAUCGCUCACGAGAAUCACAUUUUGGGACCCAUGCUCAUAUGCCUUCCUCACCAAACCUAAAUCAUAUGCACUGGUGAGGUGAUGGACUGAAAGCAAUUGACCAAACAAUAGUCGAUCUUCUGCCUAAUUGAUGAUUUUCGUGUGCCCCCCCCCCCACACACACACAUACACACACACAGUUUAUUUUGUAAUUCCAGUACAUAUUAUUUGGUCAUAAUUUCUUGACUUGCUUGAGCAUUUUUGUUACAUUUUAUAAACCUUCUCAUGUUGUCAUUUAAAUUAUGAAAAAAAAAAAUUAAAGAUGUGUAUAU